CUUAGACGCAUUUAUUUAUUUUUUGGUCAUCAUGCUUGAAGUUGCUUACUGUCUUUCUGUUGUAACGCUGCUUUUCACCAGCUGAAGUGACUUGAUUACCUGCCUUACCUACCAAAAAAUGGGUUUUAUUUUGUGUUCCUCCUGCUCCCGGUGCACAAAAAGUUUACCCCACAUAUAUUUAUUUCAGAACAAAGGGAAAGACAUUGGGCUAAACAUCUACAGGCAGGCAGUACUUACCUGAAAGCCGUCACUUACGUUGCGGGGUUGCACAGUGAGGGCAUGACAGGCCCACACCUUCCAAAAGACAAUAUUGACACAAGAGGAGUACUGUGAACCCGGGGAAAGGCAUGUGAGGCUCAUUCCUUCUCCUGUUCAGGCUCCUGCCAGACGCCACACAGCAAACUCCCUGACGAUCACACGGAAUUGGGGCAGCCUGCGGGACACCAUGGCCUCAAUCGGGCAGAUCAUCUUCUGGGGCAUCAUCAUCUUAAUAUUCAUAGUCGGUGGGUUCAUCAUCCUCCUGUUGUCCAUUGCAUUUACACGCUACCAGUCCAUUGUGCAAAGCAAAGACACAUUUCCUGUAGGAAACAUCACACAGGACAUCAUUUUGGACUGCACCUUCGACCCAUCAAGCGUAAAUGGGAAAUUGGCGACUGACGCCACUGUCACCUGGACAAAGGAUGGGCUGGGUGGGGUGGUGUACUUCUACCAAGACAGAACGGCCCAACUGCAGAACCAGAACUCACAGUUCAGGAACAGGGCAGAGCUGUUCCCAAAUGCCAUUGCCACUGGCAACGCCUCCCUGCUACUGCGCAGAAUCACGAUGGAAGACAGCGGCACUUACCGCUGUGGUGUGAGCGCCCCCAGUGGACAUGGAACUGUCAGUAUACAACUGAGAGUAGCUGCAUACUCUGCCCCCAGCUUCACUGAGACGGACAGCACUUUAACUGCUGAGGCAAACACAUGGUUUCCUAAACCAAAUGUGACCUGGUCAGACCAUUCCGGGAACAUACUAAACGACAAUACCAGCCUCUUCACAAACUAUAUGGGCAUCUCCCGUGUGCUGAGCAGGCUGAAGCAGCCGGUUCUCCUAAAUGAAUCAUAUACCUGCCUCAUCCAGAACAACCUGGUAAAAUCUGUGUCCAAUGCAACAAUUACAGGAACAGGAGUAUUGGGGACAACGUCCUUCACCUUCAACAUGUCGCCAGUGCUGCUGCCUGAGUGGCUGAGUCUCCUUAUCUCUCUCCAUCCCUUGCUGUGCUGGCGGUUCUAACACAGAACCAAACGUUACUGGCUGUUCAGUACUCUGCUGUCUGUUCCAUUGAAAACGGUGACAAAAUCACUGAGCUCACCUGAAUAUAGAAAAAAAACUAACAAAGAGAAUCGCUGGACCACUUGUUGAAAACAAAGCCAAAUACCAAAUUGCAAAAUAAGAUCAUGCUCUUUACUCACAAUAGUAAAAGCAAAAAAGGUAGACACACUGCCUAUUCUCGAAGAACGGCAGUUUAAGAACCACCUCUGUUCGAAGCACAGUGGACCUAGUUGGCUCCAGGAAGUGGUUACCUCUGCAUUAUUUCUUCAGAGUGAAUCUGUAACAUCAAGGUGUUAACCAUGAGAACUGAGUGAACUCUAUGGUCCAAUGUAAGUGCAACAUAUGUAGUGUGUUAGCCAUAUAUAUUUUUAUUAUUAUAAUUUGCUGUCAUUUUUUUAUAAAGGACUAUGGGUAAUCGUGCAAUUUUGGUUGUUUCAGAAGUAGAGAAUAAUGGGAAAUCCUAGUUGAAACCAGUAGACCUGGCAGGAGCACAUUUUCUUAUCUGGGGGCCCUAAGCAGACAUCAUCACGGGCAUUCGGGUGUUGCUGAUUUAUUGAACCAUGUUCCAUCUUUCCAAAGUGUACUGGGGCCAUUAAUUCACUUUCGCUAAAUGGGUUGUCAUAAACAAUUCUGCUAAAUUUCUGGUAUUUCCAGUAUGGUGCAGUCUUUGCUUUGCCUUAAUCUUAAGUGUAUAAAGUAGGGUUGCCAACUUUGGUCAAAUUUUCAAUUUGAAACAAGUCUGGACUCACAUUUACAUGAAAGCAAACCAUUUAAUUACCUUGUAAAUAGUCUGUAGGGUUUACAAACUACCCAGCACUUUUGAAGUAGUUCAUUUUAGGUUUGUAAUGGAUUAAUAUAGAUACGUUGUAAAAAUUCUAGUGUGAGUGUGAGAAUCUGACAGCUGGAUGCACGAGUGUGCGUGCCCAAAAAUAAGAACAUGGCAGCUUAUCUAGUCCUCAGGGUGGCCAACUUUGAUGCAUCUGGCGAAACACUCAUGCUUCCUGACUCACACACUCAAGCAAGCAAUCUUAUGGCAAAUCUAUAUUAUUCCAUUAUAAGCCUAAAAUUAGAUAUAUCAAAAGCACGGGGUGGUCGGCAAAUCCUACAGACUAAUUACAAGGUAAAACUGUUACAUGCAUGUAAAUGUGUGCAGAGUUGUCCCGAAAUAAAAAUCUCACACUAGCCAGCUCAUCAAAGUUGGUAACAAAGUUGGUAAGUCCUAUAAUUAAAAAUGUUGUAAAACAUGUAUCCAAAUGGAAAAUAAACCUUCUCAUAUUACAUUAUA